ACUCUGACUAUGCGCUGGAUACAGCAGCUAGUAUGGCGGACAGCGAGAGUGAUUUGGAAAUAGACGGGCUAGAAUCAGCUCUAGACACAUUGUGUAACAGACACUGCAGCGAUGAAUCCUCUCUAAGGAGCAAAGAGUAUUGCUCUGAGUUUUGUGAGCUGGUUGAGGAGUACACUGGUCAAUGGCAAGUUCCUCUCCCUCAGCUGAAGGUGCUGCGGACAGCACUCUGCCGUUUCACUAAAGCCACUGCUGCCUUCCCUGAUGACUGUCAACACAUCCACUAUGUUCUCAGCAGUCUGGCCCUGAGCUUCUUUGAACUGAUGCUGUUUUUCAGCAAAGAAGAAUUUGGAGAAGAGCCUUUAAAAGACAUCCUUGAUUCCUUUCAGGAGUGCCACUCCAAGCUCCUAAGACACAGGAACAUCUACCUUCAUCAUUUGAAGCAGAUCAUCAAAGCAGGAGGCCCAUGGGAGAAUCCAGUGCUGCAAGGAAUCCUGAAGGAGACAGAUUUGUCUCCAAACGAGGUGGAAGAGUACCUGAGCUCAGAGUUGCCAGUAUUCUUGGAGCUCCGGGUUCGUUAUCUGCAGGCCUGUGAAAGAAUGCAGGAGGCAAAGGCCCUGGCUAAAGGCUGCCUGGAAAACCACAAGGCCGGAAAACACCUGUACUUCCAUCAGGCUUACCUGACCUGCCUCUACAAGGCCUCUCUGCAUGAACACCUUCAUAAGGAGAUGGCAGAGAUAGAUGGCCGUGAUGCGGUGGAGAUCAUCUGUAACACAGAAAGUGUUGAAAAGGACGAGCUCCUGUUGUCGAUGUGUAAAGCUUUCCUUACCCAGCAGUUACACAAUGGAGACAUGUAUUACAUCUGGGACCUUGUGUUCAUCUGGAGCAGGCUGCAUCUUAGGGCUCAUCCCUCAAGACAAGGCUUCCUGGCUGAGUGCUUGCAGCUGGCUUCCUCUGCUACUAACGUCAGAGCCAUCUUUCCCUUCAUCAAACUGGUCACAACAGAGCUUGGUGGUGAAGGAGUCCAGGUCUGCGUGGAGCUUUGUGCCAGGGCCUUGCAGCUGUGUGACAAGCAGGCUGAUAGUGUAACCCGGUCACUGGUCUGCAAGACCAUCGCCUUCCUGCUUCCCCAUGACCUGGAGAUCUGUCGAGCAUGUGCCCUGCUGGCCUUCUGCCAGGAACGAAGCCUGGAGGCUUACCGCACUGUCUGCCUGCUUUAUAUGCAUCCUGACCAGGAACCGCAUCCUAACAACAGCCCUGUCCGAACCAAUGUUCGCUUCCAUAUUCUGCAGAUGCUCAAGGAACGCCUGUGUUUUGACCCUGAGUUUUGGAACCUCCUGACCAUCAGGACUCAUUGCUUGGAGUUGAUGAGUGACAAGGUCAUGAAGGCUGCUGUUCUCAAUGAGAUGAGGGAGGAAGAGGAGAAGGAAUACCGUGAAGAGCUGUUAACAAAUAAUUGUGUGAAUGACUCAAAUUCCUGCGAGUGCACUGAAGCUGCAUUUGCGAACAAACGCCCUCCAGAAGGGAAGACUUUAGAUAGGGGGUCAGGAAAGUGUCUGGCCCCAUCAAAUAAUGCUCUUCUGAAGAGGAGGAAAUGGAGAAGAGGCCUGCGAAGGAGAAAACAGUCUGUGUCCGACGAUGAGGUUGACCUUGGUGAUGAUCCAGAGAUCAAGUACAAUCUCAAAUCCUCCUCUUCAGGUAGUAAGCCUAUGUAUUCACUAAGACGCAAUCACACUAACAUAGAAAAUUCUGCUCCUAUAAAGCUUCCUCUAAAACGCAGUAGAGAAUACUUGUCUAGAUGUGUGAAGAGCCAAAUUUUGAAAAGGAAAGGCCGGAAGAAACGAUGGUUGCAGGGUCUUCCAAUGCUGGAGCAGGCACAGACGGUUAAAGAGAAGAAGGUCAAAGUUAAAGGAAAACACCGGGGAAGGAAACCUUUACAGAAACUGGAACUCUCUUUCCCUGAUAAUGAAAUAUCCCUCACCGAGGAGGAGUCCGGUUUUGAAGAGGAAACUGACACAGAAGACAGAGACCAGGAUAUGCCUCACCUAGAGAAUGAACUUGAACAAGAGAGGGAACAGAAAGAGAAUCAAUCAGAGCAGAUGCAUGAACUCGAGAAGGAAAACGGACUUGAGAACCAAACUGACAUGGUCUGUGGUAGCAGUCUCAGUGAACACACGCAAGAGGAAUCUCAAACAGAGUCAGAGUCCAAGCUUUGUGAGCCUCAAGCUGCUGUCCCCGCUGUUGAAGCUGAUCCUGAGCUCGAUGGCCCCCCCUUAGAGUUAUUGGAUUGUCCGAUAGAACUGUUACACAGUUACUCUCUUAAAUCCAAAAAGCCUGACACUGAGAAACUGCCCCCUCCAGAACCUUCAGCAUCAGAUAAACUUAAUGGUGACACAGAACAGAAGCCACAACCAACAGUGAAAACAGAAGACUCAAACACUGAGGUGAAAAUCAAGAGAACGUGGAAGGACAGAGUACUCCGCACUCAACAAUAUGCCCACUUGAUGUAUCACUGUAACUUCUGCCGCAAAGACUAUAAAGGCUUGAAUGUUAUGAGGCAUGCUCUCUCACACCUUAAAAGUAGGAAACUAAGAUGUAUCCUCUGUGGAAAACGCUUUAAACAGCUUCCUUUUGCCAAAAAGCAUGUUCUGGACCACAUUGAGGAAAUGUGCAAGCAUAAACCCAAUGAUAAGGAGCCAUGCACUGAGGAAACGCCUGCUACUAAUGGAACGGUAGAUAAUGUGGAAAAUCAGAGCCAGCCUCAGGAAGAAAAUCAGACCUCCAUUUCUGAUGGGGAAACUCCUGAGCAGAAACCUGGGGGCAAAACUAAAGUGUCCAGCCUCAGGAGGGAAGAGCGAAUCAUCAGAAACCUCCGCACCCUCAUCAAAAAGACAUCUGUGCUUCACAAAAAGUGCAAGAACCCUAACUCUAAUAUAUUCAAACUGGUAGACUUCAAGGACGAGCAGGUUGUCAUUAAAGAUGGCCUGGUGAUUGUAAAAGAUCCAACUGUGAUGAAAACGGAGGGAGAGGGAGAAGGAGAAGGGAACGAGAAGCCAGCGGAGGAAAAUGGCUACGGCGUGGACAUCACAUAUCACUUGUGCCCCUCGGUGUCCUGUGAUAGAGUAUUCUUGAGGAUCAGCACCACACUGACAAAGCAUGCGAUCAGAUGCCAUAUUAACGAAGAGAAGGUGCUGGAGAAGACGUUUGUUUGGGCCAAACACAAGUGCACCUUCUGCCUCAGGCAGAUACAGUUUCUCCAGCAUUAUAAGGACCACAUGAAGCUCCAUGACACGCCUCUUCGACACUUCUGUUACCAUCUGGAGUGUAACCAGCGCUUCAUGACGCAGCAGGAAUUAAAAGACCAUGUGAUUAUCCACCAGCCCUUCAGACCCCAGUGCCCUUUCACAAACUGUGAGAAGCUAUUCUCAAGCCUCCAAGGUCUCUAUGACCACGAGUGGAGACACUACAUCCCAGCACCUCAAAAAGAGGAGUUAGAGUUGGGACCCAGCAGACAGAAGAAACAAAAUUCUGAAGCUCCCUGGAAGCAGAGGGUGAAGGUUGAGGAGAUAUGGCUGCAGAGUAAAAAGGGGCAGAGGGAGAGUCUCAGUCCUAAUCAUGUAGAAACCUCUAAUCUUGGAGGCGAGAUCAAGGAAAUAAAGAAAGAACCGGCUUGUGAUGAAUAUUUCCCAGACAGUAGUCAAGACCUGCCUGACAUAAAGGUCUGUUAUGAGCCCAUGGAGGACAGCAAACCCCCCAUCAAUGGACAUGAGGAUGUGACAAGAGACCAAGUGUCAGAAGGAAAGGUUUCCACUUCCCAUACCGACGCCGCUGCAGCCACUCCUAGAAAGAGGUGUCAGAAAAGAUCGUCCGUCGAGUUGGACCCCUUGAAUGUCAAAGACCUUGAGGACAUGUCUACUUUGGCUGAGGGAGUCCAGCAGAAACUGGGAGAGCCACACAUCACUGAGCACAAAACCUUCAAACCCGAAGAUCCCUCCUACGCGACCUUCGUCAAAGCCCCCUUCAUCCGGCCGCCGCCCUCCACCUACCUUGAUGAAUCUCUGCUCUCAAUGCGCAAGAGGAGGUCCACCGAAGAGAGUUCUCAAAAGAAAUAUGUUUACUGGAACAAUAAGAAAAAGAAGGAUCCUGUCCCAGAGAAGGAGCAGCAGGUGAACGAUGUGACCCCCGAGCAGAAGACCAGACACCGGUGUGGCAAAUGUCUUUCCUCCUUCAGCAGCGUAGAAGAAUUACAGAAACACCAAGCCCUUAACACCUGCUCUGCACUCUUUGGCUUUGAUUCAGACGAUGAAACUUAGUUGUGAGUGAAGAGGAGCUGCAACUGGAGUGACCAUUGUACCCUGCGACCUGGCUCAGGGCAGGCCUUCAAGAUAAAUGAACACUGGAACCCUUUCUUACGAUUCAGAUACAGCACUUAUUUAUUUAUUGGAUACCGGUUUCUAAACAAAAGCAAAGUAUGCGGCUAAAUGCUUAGCUGGAGGAUUUUAUUGUUAUUUAAUUAUUUAAAUGAAUUGGUGAACAUUUGAAGCAAUAAUUUUGACAGCAUAAACUAGUUUUGAACAUAUUGCUCCUCAAAACAUCAUCAGUGUGUGCGCGCAUUGUCCAGUAAGUUGGUGAAACAAAGGCUCGAGCAACACUUUGGAACAGAGUCUAUGGCCCAAGACAACCUCCCUGUAAUCAAAAACAAACCAAAAUAAUUGCUGCCUGUGUACAAACGCUCAAUCAUACUGUGAUCAAGUUAUAGUAUUACAUGGUAUAUGGAACUUAAAGGAAAAGGGUUGUGAACCUAGGAAGGAAAUGUAAUGAAUUUUAACCUGGCCUGAUUUCCAAGCUUAAUCCACAGCAACUAAUACAUUUUAAUUCAGUCUCUCAUUCAUUCAUCCUGAAUACAUACUGUAGGUAGAAGCAGGCAAAGUUGGAUGUAUGGAUGAAUGCAGUUUUUAACAGGUAAAAUGAGCCAGAAUGAUAAUUUUUUAAUCACUUGUGUAAGAAAAACACUUCUAGAUUUUAUUUGAACUCACCCAGAUUUUUUUUUUUCCUUGCUUCACAUAUCCUUUUGGGAUUAGUUUUGGAAAUAACAAAACUUUGGCCACCCAACUGAUUCUUCCAUGGACAAUAAUACUUUAUUUUACAGUCUAAUUAUGUGUUUUGUAAAAACUGAGUCCUUACAGAGGAUCUGGUUUUGAUUCCGUUUUCUCAUGUCUUGCUGAUUAAACCUCUCGGUAACAGAAGCUGUCCCGUCAUAUUCAGACCCGUGGUGUUUUAUCCUAUCUGAAUUUUGUGGGAGAGUGAAUGUUUCAUGAAUACGUCAUAAGCAGUAUUAACAACUGUAAGUGUAGCGCCCUCUGCUUAGCGCAUGUUUUAUUUAAUUAUUGUAGUCUUCCAAAUGAAUCGUGCACCAGCUUUUGUCUUUGUAGAGAGGAUGUAUAAAAAAAGGCUCAUUUACUUGACAGUAUAGUAAUAGCGGAUAUGUGGUGGUGUCACAUCUUUAUACAGAUAAAGCUUAUUUUAAUUUAAUUCAUUCAAAGCUGGCAUAUACAGUAAGUUCUCAAACUAAGAGGAGGUGUUUUCAACAUAAUUUGUGUGGGCUGCUGUUUCUGUAUUUGGGCAGGUUUGUCAGGGUUUGGGUUUGCCUUUUGUUAAUUAGUCUUCUGGGCAUGGUAAGUCAACAUGAAUCACUCAUUAAAGCCUUGACCAAAAUGUCUGAAACCAUGUAAAUCUGCCUUCAUACUGUUACACUUUUACUCUGUACAGCAUAUGAAUUAUUCACAAUUUUAUUAGUGCCAAGACUUUAAAUCACAGUGUUAGACUGUAGGUAAAGAUUAACAUUAAGAUCAGUAAUACAGUACAAGUUUGCUUUGAAUUUCAAAGUUCAGCAUUUUUAUUAUGUUUACUCAAUGACCAUAUAUUUCAUUAGGUAUUUCAAAAUGGUCAUUUAUGUAUAAACAUUUGAGGUGGUUGAUCUGUUUAAUAACUUUUUAAUGUAAUGUUUUUAUGGGACUGUUCCCUUAAACAUACUUAUUUAUAUGUAAAAAUGUGAAUAGAUUGGAUUUGUAAAGGUAAUGAUUCCCCAUCUAUUUUUCUUAAAGAAAAAGUGAUUGAAUUUGUUUGAAUAAACAAAUGAUAUAUCUUAACGUUA